AACCCUCCUGAAGUGAAGGGAACCGGGCUGGGAGGAGGGGUUGAAGUCCCCGCUCCGUCCCCUCCGAGGUCGGGCUGCAGACGGGGGACAGGCUCCCCGACGCCGGGUGAAUGAAGACGCUUCCUCCGGCCCGCGGACCCAGGUGGGACACGCUUGCAUCGUUUUUGUCCCUCUUUGGACCAUGAAAGCAGCUCCAGCUGGUGCAGAGGAGCUCGGACGAGCCGCGACUUCCUGCAACUUUUCUUCGAGUUUGGAGGAGCUGAGAUGAAGAGAAGAGCCUGAAGAGUUCUCCAGCGAUUAAACCAGAGGUGUUUGAGUGUCUGUUGCUCUCUGCAGGGGAGACUUCCAGCUGGUCACCAUGUCCCUGUGGAUGAUCCUCCCUGUCAGCCUGCCCGUCUUCACCAUCACCGGAAUAUGGCUCGUAUAUGUGAUGGCUCUGUACAACCAGCAUGUCUGCCCUGUGCACAACUGGCUUUAUAAUGACUCGUGUGAGGAGCUGCUUCCACUCCAGAGGGGUCCAGUUCUGUGCUGCACCCUGGACCACAUCCCACUCAUCAGUAAAUGUGGAACUCUGCCACCUGAAAGCUGCUUUUUCAGCCUCAUCUGCAGCACUGGAUCCUUUAUGGUGAUGCUGAUCGGCCUGCUGCGCUACGCCCACGUCAUAGAGAAGCACCACAACUGUGUCCUGAACACGGCGGGUCUCUCCACCUCGUGGAUCUGCGCUGCCGGUCUCAUCAUGGUCGGAAACUUCCAGGUGGACUUUGCCAAAGUCCUCCACUACGUCGGGGCCGGGGUGGCGUUCCCCUCCAGCAUGCUGUUUGUGUGUCUGCAGUCGGCGCUGACCUACCGCCUGGCCACGACCCAGGGGGAGUACCGGGUGGGGCACCUGCGGGUGGGCCUGGCCCUGCUAGCUCUGAUCGCCCUGGUGCUCAGUGGAGUUUUCUUUUGCCAGGAGAGCUUCGCCCUGCAGCACGCCUCCGCCAUCUUCGAGUGGAUCUACUGCAUGCUCAUCAUGCUCUUCUACGGGACUUUCGCCUUCGAGUUCAACGGCAUGUCGGGGGACACGCUGAUGGUGCUGUCCCGAGGAGGAGGAGGGGGGGUGCAGAGCUUCUCCACCUCUGAGAACAAGACGGAGGUGGGCGGAGGCGGCUCCAACCACCACCAGCUAGAGAGCUUAUCGAUGCUGUAACUGCAAACAAGCGUCAGCCUCCCCAGGAGUCUGAAGGGGGACACGUGGGCCAGUCUGGAAGACACCAACAUGGAGCCGGGAGCCUGGAGCCUGAAAGCUGCACCCUGCGUAUCCCCACGCUCCCUGUUGCCACGGCGCCAACGCUCUUCUGCUCAGCCAGGACCAAAGAAACCGAUGGUCCAACGCCAUUGUUUGCUUCCCAAAACCGAAUGCGAUGCCUGAAUGUGUGUACUGGCCGAUACCGAGCAGGGAUCAAAGCCGAGACCCAUUACUAGUAGUUAACGAAACCGAUAACGGAUAUUUGGAACCAAUAUGCUUUGUUACUAUAAAAGUGUAAAUCUUUAAAUCCAAAUUAGGAUUUUGUAAUGUUACCAACUCCAACGCCAACCUUUGAUUUAAUGCUUUAAGCAAUUAUUUAAAGCUAUAUCAAGUUAAUUUUGCCCCCAUGAAGAAUUCUUUGUAAUUACAACAAAACUGUUGGGGCGUCCACAUGAUACAAGCCUUCCGCCCCGCCCUCCGCACAGUUGCUAGUAGCCAAGGAGGACACAGGAUUAAAAAAAACAUGAUGUACUCUUCAGAAGAGGUCAUCAUCUUUGCUCCUAUUUCUACACGCAAAUGUUGC